GCUUGUUUUCCAUUCGCAGGCGAAGAGACAUUGCCAGAGUUGUACUUCCUUCAUACAGGAAUCCAGAAUGUAUAUCUUGACCUAAUCCCCCACGGUUCAUGAGGUGAGACGAUAGCUUUCGUCGACUGUCGUUGCAAGGUCCAAAGAGGAGGCGAAGAAAACAUGCCUUUCCCGUUUGUGCUUUCCACCACCUCAAAUAUCUCCUUUCAAUCCAUUUACCCUUCAUCUACUCAUCCUUCUCUUCCUUCGUCAGCAACAUCUCAACGUGCAAUUCUACGUGCGGCUUUGAAGAGUCACAAGAGACUGUCUCCGUCGGACCAGGCAAACAACCUUCAGUCGCUCGCAUCGACCAUUCAGGCCUACUUACGCUACCUCCUAAGUCUUGAUCUCGCAUUAUCUGGAAAGCCUGUGGCAGGCGAGGAGGUCCACGUUGCCCUGGUCAAAGAGCCCGAGAUCGAAUGGCGUCCCAAUCUCAGCUCGGCCUCCAUUCCAGGGCGUGACGCUGAGCGAGUCAAGGGCAGAGGGCUCGACUACGAAAUCUCCUAUGUCCAUCACACCUUGGCUUUGGUCCAGAAUCUCCUUGCCAGACAGUCUCUUUUGGCUCUUUACGCCUCAGCUAGUUCGACUGCCGAACAACGCGCGACGCUGAUACAAAAUGCAUCAAAGUCCCUGAAGACGGCUCACUCGAUACAUUCUUACCUUCUCCUGAGGACAAACUCCUCGAGUGACGGCCCCCCUUCUUUUCCUGCUGCAGCAGUCGAUAUCUCGUCACCUGUGCAACUAGCCCUCCAGCAUCUGUCUCAUGCCGAGUUCAAUCUGCUUUGCAUCCUGAAGGACGACCCGUACCCAGCUUUACUCGUUCAGUCUCGAAACAAAGACGACAAGGAAUGGAUGAUCCGCGCCCCUAAAAUCCCCAAAGUUCGGGCUCAGGUAAUGACCCGACUGUGCAUGGGGGCUGCCGAACAUGCCGCUGCUGCUACCGUCGCACUGAAAAUCGAGAGCAACAAAAUAUCGAAAGAUCUUUUGGACUAUUGUGAUGGUGUCCGGAGAGCAUCAAGAGCCAAGGCUUGCAGAUUUCAAGCUUUAGACGAAGAUGCGGCAGGGUCUACGGGGAAGGGUAUCGCCUGGCUCAGGGCGGCAUUGAAUGAACUGGGCAUUGAGGUCAAGAAGGACGGUGCAAAGUCGUCUGGCCUGGGCAAACUGAAGUCCUCCUGGAACGAGAGAAGGGAGGACAAGAAGAUUGAAAAGGGCAGUACCAAUUGGGGCCUCGAUGGCGGCAAGCUGGAAGAGGCCCGAAUAGUGGAGUAUCUAAACGAGAGGAUGACCAAGGAAAACGACACUAUCAACGUACAUCUCGUGCCAGAGUGGAAGCCUCUACUGGCUAUGUUACCGAGUGGCAUGAAUAUGCCAAUGGACGACAAAUGGAGACCGACAACGCUGGAAGAGCCCGAGCUUGCUGCGAUGAGAGCACCGCCUGAUGAUGAGCAACCCUUGGGUGCCAGCACGGACGAAGAGGAUGGAGAUGGAGAGCCGGUAGGCGCAUUUCCGGGUACUCAGGGUGACUAUGGAAGAGGUGGCACGACAUACUACUGAAGCAGGUUCGGAAGCUACGGCAAUGAAGCAUAAUCGACCUCUUGCCGCAAAUAUUCCCGGCUGCCAGGCUCCCACACCGGCGUUUACUCGCAGUGAAGUCGAGUUGCACUGAAAUGCCACGAAGAUGUUCAAGACCUCAGCCUCAUCACGUGCUGUACUCAUACCCCCUGGUGUUUCAAGACGGUUUCAAACACUUUGUGCAACCAAGCACGCGUACGGUGUGCCAAUGAUGGGGCAACCCCGAGGACACUUCGAUUCAGAUGCAGAGCUCGUUGUCGUUCACCAUGACAUACGCGAAGCAACACUCUUCAAAACAUGCGCGCGCAUGGGCAACAUCGUGGACUCAGGUCCAGCGCGUUUGCUGCGGAAC